AUCAAACAAGUUGCUAAGAAUGGACAGACGAUGUAUGGUUUCCUGUCGGGUGUUAAUAAUUGCUUCAGGUUACCGUGGAUAUAUGUUAAGCCCUUGAUGCUUCACAAGUACAACAAGAUAAUGGACAAUUUUCUUGCUGAUUAUUCUUCCGAGUUUCUACAAAUUACACCCAACCCGUCUUUUUCUAUUCUUUUCAGAUUUUGUAGAAUUCCGUUUACAAUCCAGCGUCUCUGUGAGCUUCUCGAAAAUCCAUUCCGUCAUUAUACAAGGCCUGACAAGUUCCUACGUGGUUUGGAGAAGGUAACGCCUAAUGUUAUACGAACUGCGGGCCUGAUUUUUACGCUUCAGUGUUUAGUGACUUCAUCCUUUACAGAGAAUAAGUUCAUACUUCCUGACUCAAGGUCUAAGCGCGCAGGGAGUUUCACCUACCACAUCACCAUCGGUCUAGCUGUUCUUUGCAAUAAGAGACAGUGA